CGACCUGCGAGAAAGAAGCUUUUCCGCCCGCAGUUGGAUGAUCUGAGUGUCUUCCGGGGACUAAGAUGGCGGCUGAGCUGGGAUGGUCCCUGGGUUUGGGGCUUGUAAUCACGACGGCCUGAAGGGCGGCGCUGCCCCUUUGCCCCGGGAAGGGACCCCACUCCCCCGUCCCAUGCCCUCCCAGUUCCUCUUCCCUGGCAAUGCAUGUGGCUUGUCCAUCCCAGCCCUCAGAAAGGACGGAGCCUGCACUGGUCCUAGCUGUUAUAUGAAUUCCGUGUCACCCACCUCAGUGCAGUACUUAAACCAGGAUGAGCUGCGCCACUCAGAGGGAAGACAACUCUUUAAUCCUAGGGCCAGCAGCCAAAGAGGGAGCAACCCAGGGCUGUUUCCUGGAGGGAGAGCAGCAGGCAGCCAGCAAAGUGAGCCCGACGAAGUGGACAAAAUCAAAAGCAAGCUUCUCUCUACCUGGAACAACGUGAAGUAUGGUUGGACAGUCAAAACCAAAACCAAUUUCAGCAAGCUUUCCCCAGUCCACCUCUUUGGACACACCUACCACUUUGAACGAGAAGAGGAUGUGGAGCGCUUCCAGCAAGACUUUGCCUCCCGCAUCUGGCUGACCUACCGUCGGGACUUUCAGCAGCUGGAGGGCACCGUGUGGACCACUGACUGCGGCUGGGGCUGCAUGCUCCGGAGUGGGCAGAUGCUGCUCGCUCAGGGCCUCGUCGUUCAUUUUCUUGGGAAAGGCUGGACGUGGCCAGAUGCCCUUCUUACCACCGGCUUAGCAGAGAUGGAGCCCAUGAGAGCUGUAUCUCUGCCCUGUCCAAGUACAGCCAAACCGUGUCGGGCUGCACCCAUCCCCACCAAUCGGAGCUGGGGCCCUUGGGAGUUGGAGACCCCUCGGCACCACUGUAGCCCCGAAAAAAUGGAGAAGGAGCGUUAUCACCGGAAGAUCAUCUCGUGGUUUGCAGAUCAGCCUCAAGCACCCUUCGGGAUCCACCGCCUGGUUGAUCUGGGGCGCAGCUCAGGGAAAAAAGCUGGGGACUGGUAUGGGCCCUCCGUUGCGGCCCACAUCAUCAGGAAAGCAGUGGAUUGCUGUUCAGAAGCUGGCAAUCUGGUCGUGUACGUGUCUCAGGACUGCACAGUGUACAAAGGAGACGUGGCAAACCUGGCCAACAGGAGUGAAGGCCGGACGGCGUGGGACCCUGCCGCAGAGUGGAAAUCUGUUAUCAUUCUGGUGCCCAUGCGUCUGGGAGGAGAGGCUUUCAACCCUGCCUAUGUAGACUGUAUCAAGGAGCUUCUGAAGCUAGAGUUCUGCAUUGGGAUCAUCGGCGGCAAACCAAGGCAUUCACUUUACUUUGUUGGCUAUCAAGAUGAUGCUCUCCUCUACCUGGACCCCCAUUACUGCCAGCCCUUUGUAGACACCACCAAGGAGAGCUUUCCCUUGGAGUCCUUUCACUGUAACUCCCCCCGGAAAACAGCCUUCACCAAGGUGGAUCCCAGCUGCACUAUUGGCUUCUAUUCCCGCCACAGGACAGAGUUUGAGGAUCUGUGCUUACACUUGACUCGGGUCUUGAAUUCUGGAGCUGCCAAAGAGAAAUACCCCAUGUUCUCCAUUGUGGAAGGCUGUGCCCAGGAGUAUGGCUUGGAGGAGCUGUGUGCCCGGUUCUCCCAGCAAACAGUGCAAGUCCAACGGUCUAGCAAGCGGAGCAGGGCAAAUAAGCCCCCCACAGAAGAUUUUGUUGUCUUGUGAUCGCUGGCUGGGCGGCCCCAACACUUCUGAUGUAUUUAUUUGUUUGUUUUAUUUAUUUGAAGGGGCAGGCCUGAAGCUGAAGUGUCCGUUUCUUAGGUCCAAGAACAAGGACUUCUGUAUCACAUUUGGGGUGGUUGUCUUUAAUCCAUGGCUCUUCCUCUGGGGUGAUCCUGCACACAGACUGUUUUGAGGUCACCAGCUUUUGUGGGGGGGGGCUGUCGUCUCCUAGUGGCUGCUGCUAGAAGGAAGUCACAACACUGGAAUAAAUCUACUGAGCAUGGGGCAAAGGCUGUUUGGUACCAAAAUGACUGUAACAGGGUGAGAGCCAAAAAAAAAUUGUUUGUUUGUUUCCUUAAGAGACAGCUAACAGUGUGAGGAGCACGUUUCUUGAGGAAAGAAGUGGUUGUAGGUUACUUUCAGGUUUCUGUCUCUCCCGUUGAGAUUCCAAGGCUUUUUAAUUCUAAUGAACACUCCAAAGCUGAAUUCAGGAACAAACUAUUCAAUUCCUUUGGGUAGCUGCUGGACCUCUCAGAGUUCAAGGAUAUUCCCGCUUCCUUUGUGCUGUUCCCUCUCCAUGUCACAGUUGCAUUUGCUUUUCGGCCCCUCAUAAUUGGGAAGCAAGGAACCACUUGGCACAUCUUUUUUAACCGACGGAUGGGUAUGUGCGCAUACACUCGUGUGUGCAGAAGGGAGUCUGGACUGACUUCAGAUUUGAGGAUGAGGAAUUCUUGAACUACAGGCUGCUUGUAGGUCACUGGGAUAGAGAAAAAAUACACCAGGAACAGUUCUGACUGAUUAACAAGGCCUUGUGUGGACAUAAAUAAUUAGUACUAUUGUAACCUGGUAUCAGAGUGCAUAGGAGAACUUCUCUGGUUGGAGACAGAGGGAGAAUGGAAAAGAUACUUUGGUGGCAAGAAUGAGUUAAAUGUGCAUACAAAUUACACAGAUUGUACCAGAGGCUGUUAAACAACUGCUUGUGUGCUUCACAGUCAAGACAGCCAGAUUCUUUGUCCGUUUCUUUCUCCGCCCUCCCAUCGUUGUUUCCCCAGGACCAUUCCCAUAUUGCUUUCUCCUGCCUCAGCAGGUGUCUUUUGAGCAGCAACUAGGGGGGAGACGAGACUGACCUCUUGGGAACCUGGCAAUCGCACGCCUGAGUGCUCUUCUGCCUCCCACCCACCCCCCAAACUACUGCUUUUCGACUCAGGGGUGUGUGGUCAGCCGGGCUUGGUGUGUGCGUGACUCUGUUGGCAACUGGGAAUCUUAGUGCAAAGCCUCAGAGAAAAACACCUCCUUCUAGAUUGGUUUCAAUCAAUAAAAAUGCCCUGUGAAGAGGUGUAGCA